CAAAACCAAAACCAGCAAUGCAGCCAACUGGACCCUCCAAAACCAAUACAACAAACUGGACCCUCCAGAACCAACACAACCAGCAGGAUCAUCUAGAACCAACAACACAACACAGCAAACUGGACCCUCCAGAACCAACACGAUCAGCAGGACCGUCCCAAUCCAGCCCAACCAACGUGACUCUCCCACACCAAGACAUCAAACUGGAGUUUCCGGAACCAACAAGGAGAGUGCUGCCAUCUAGAGCUAGCACGAUUAGCAGGACCAAGCAGGGCCAACUGGGUCCUACAGAACCAGCACAACCAGGAGGACCAUCCAGAACCACCAUGGCCAACAGGAACAUCAGCACCAUAGAACCCCAGUGGCUGGCUUCAGCCUCACAGCCGCAUUUUCACGUGAAGACAAAGAGGACAAAGAGAGAAUGGCGACCCCUCGAGGACCGGAGCUGCACAGACCUGCCCUGGUUCCUGCUCUUCACCGUCUUCUGCAUCGGCAUGGGCAGCAUCUGUGGUUUCACCAUCAUCACCGGUGGCGCCGCGCGCCUUGUCUUCGGAUAUGACAGUUACGGAAAUACGUGUGGCCGACGCAACGAGCCCCUGGACGGCGUCAGGCUCAGCGGCCUCGACCACACCGACAGAAAAUUCGUCUUCUUUCUGGAUCCGUGUAACAUUGACAUUGUUCAGAGGAAAAUCAAGUCUAUGGCUCUUUGUGUGUCUCUGUGUCCCAACGAAGAGCUGAGGACGUACGAGGACCUGAAGAGGUUCGCCAUGGACAAUGGCUCCGAACUCUGUUCCUACGAGUUAGCAGGUCAUAAAUAUCCGAGUCUGCCAGAAAGAUUCUCCAAGUGUCCCAAACUUCCUGUUCCCCCAAGCAAACCUUUGCCACUGUUUAACCGCUGCACACCAGUGGACAUUUCCUGCUACGCCAAGUUUGCCGAAGCUGUGGUGACCUUUGUCAGUGAUAACAGCGUCCUUCAUCGGCUGAUCGCUGGCGUGGCGGCCAGCAAGGAGAUCAUCAUCGGCCUCUGCGUGCUGGCGCUGGUGCUCUCCAUGAUCCUGAUGGUGAUCAUUAGGUACAUUUCGGCUGUACUGGUAUGGAUUCUCACUUCGCUGGUCGUCCUCGGCUCUCUGGCGGGGACCAGCGUCCUGUGGUGGCUCUACGUUGACCAUCGGUUAUACUCCAACAGCACCACACCAAAAGUCACAAAGGAGGUGAAAGAAGGAGCGGAGACAUAUCGAGACAAAGGCCAGGCGCUGCUCAUCUACGCCAUCGCCGCCACCGUCUUCACUAUGAUCCUGCUGCUGUUGAUGCUGUUUAUGAGAAAGCGAGUCGCUCUGACCAUCGCUCUGUUCCACGUGGCAGGAAAGGUCUUCAUCCACCUCCCUCUCCUCACCCUGCAGCCCUUCGUAACCUUCCUCGCCCUCCUGCUCUUCUGGAUCUACUGGAUCCUGGUGCUGCUGUUCCUGGGAACCAGCGGGAACCCAGCGCAGAAUGAGGAGACGGGGCUGACAGAAUUUCGGCUGACAGGGACUUUGCAGUACCUGACAUGGUACCACGCCGUGGGCCUGGUGUGGAUCAGUGAGUUCAUCCUGGCCUGUCAGCAGAUGACGGUGGCCGGUGCUGUGGUCACCUACUACUUCACCAGGGACAAGAACAGACUCCCGGUGACGCCUAUCCUGUCAUCAGUGCUGAGGUUGAUGAGGUACCACCUGGGCACCGUGGCCAAAGGCUCCUUCAUUAUCACACUGGUGAAGAUCCCACGACUCCUCCUUAUGUACGUUCACAACCAGCUGAAAGGAAAGGAGAACGCGUGCGCUCGCUGCAUGCUGAAAACGUGUAUCUGCUGUCUGUGGUGUUUGGAGAAGUGCCUCAACUAUCUCAAUCAGAAUGCAUAUGCAGCCACAGCCAUCAACAGCACCAGUUUCUGCACGUCUGCACGUGACGCCUUCGUGAUCCUGGUAGAAAACGCACUGCGUGUGGCCACAAUCAACGCCGUCGGAGACUUUGUUCUCUUCCUGGGGAAGAUCCUGAUUGUUACAUCGACGGCGUUUGCUGGAGUUUUACUCCUGAACUACCAGCGGGAUUAUGCAGAGUGGCUCCUCCCCCUCAUCAUAGUCUGUCUCUUUGCCUUCCUGGUGGCCCACUGCUUCCUGUCCAUCUUUGAGAUUGUGGUGGACGUUCUCUUCCUCUGCUUCGCUAUUGACACAAAGUACAACGACGGCACCCCGGGGAAGGAAUUCUUCAUGGACAAAGCUCUGAUGGAGUUUGUGGAGAACAGCAGGAGACUAGAGCGAGCGGUGGAGCGUGGAAGGAGUCGAGCCAAGGAGGUGGUGUCAGAAGGAGCAGAGAUGAAGCCCAUGGCUCCGGGAACAAGUUCAGCUUGACCAAAAUCACCGAAUGGGACUUCUUAAAGAAUGGACAGAAAAAAAGACAUUCCAAAAUGUUUAUUUUUACCAAUGUGUAACAUGUUUACUAUGGUUUCACUCCAGGGAAUACAAUAUUUUAAUAAGAAACUGUAAAAACGUAACAAUGUAAUGAAGCACUUUAUAUUGAAGCGCUGCAUAUUUUAAAAAAGGCUGAUGCAUUU